AUGGGCAAUCAAAAUAAAAUUCAACGAAGUACCGAAAAUCUUCAAGAAAAAGAUCACUCUUAUGUGAUUAAUCUUGAUGACAUCGUUAAACAAUGGAUAUGGUCUAAAUGGAAUAAAACAAAAUCCAAAUCAUUGUCUCAUUUUAAACGUGAAGAUCUGUUAAUACAAAUCAAUUGGAAACAUGUUUCAUUCAUACAAAAAAAUAUCAACUAUUCUCAUCCAUCAUAUUCAUAUUUUCCACGUACGAUUUUUCGUACAAAUUUCGAUAAUAAAACAAUGAGUGAACAUUCAUAUACAUUUACAACAAAACAAUGUACAAACUCAACAUUUAAAUAUAUAUUUACUCGUAGUUUACAUAAAUCUAAUGAUUCAACUCUCAUUUUUCACCUGCCCGAACAAAUUUUAGAAAAAAACACCAAUAUAAAACGUGAACAAUCAAUUCCAUUGGGGCAAGAUGUUACAAAAGAAUAUGAAAAAGUUUGGAAUGUAAAUAGUGAAAUACGUGUUCCAUAUCAGACUCGUAUCAUUGCUGAACUAAAUAUUGAUGAAGAAGAAUUUCGCAGUCGUUUCUCUAUAGCUAUACAAUUUUCUGGUCGUAUUACAGCAAAUAUUGCAGCACGUCAAUCCCCUAAUACUUAUUUGAAAUUGAUUCAUGGUGAUAUUGUUCAAAUUAUAUGUCAAACAAUGAAAAAUAAUCCACGAUUGAAAGUUUUUAAAAUCACUCAAGGAAAAUCUCCUUCAAUCUGUUUUACAAUCCAUGGGAAAUGUUUGUUUCGUUAUGGUGUUAAACAGAAUAUUGUACUUAAUCAAGAAUUAUUGCAACUAUCAUCAGUGUCUGAUCUUCAUAUGCCAUCGGCUCCUAUUCAAUAUAGUCGUUGA